AUGGCGAGCUCGACAAAGUACACCCCUCCGCCGACGCCACCUUCUCCGACAGGAUCAUACUAUGAUCUGAGUGAUGACGACGAAGACGAAUACAACACUAUUGCCCAUGCCCGCUCCGGCCGAGGUGUGAAGCUGCUCUUCUCCAAAAGCAAAGUCUAUGUCCACCCCUCAUCCUCUGCAAAAGAUAAUAUCGCCGGAUUCAUCGCUCUCCUCCAACAAAAACCGAAAUCGGGCCCCAGCGGGGCGACAACGACUACGCAGUCCAACGCAGAUGCUUCUUCAUAUCUCUUAGCGUGGGUUCCAGAAGCUUCCUUAGGAGAUGCUUACGAUACCUACGUCAAAGUCGAUCUGGCAGACGACGACUCUCCGCCCCGCCAAAGGUGUCUGGUCCCGCCUCUUCCGACAACCACCACGGCUAGAGACCCCAUCGGGCUGUACUCCUUCGCGGUCCCCGUUUCCGAGAUAUAUUCCUUGUUGGUGCGUCCUCCGAGCCUGGGUUGGUGGUUCGGCAGCGUGGUGAUCAAUACUCGAUCCGGAGACAGCUUUCCAGCUUUGUUCUUCCACGACAGUGAAUGCGAGUCCACCAUUUUGCAAAAGAAGAAGCGCGUCAAGGAGAGCUUUGACCCAUUUGACAACGAAGGAAGCCUCUUCUGGGGCGGAGAUGAGGUCUUGCGAUGGCUUCGCAGAUAUGUUGAUGUCCAGCGCUCGUCGGUCGAUCGAAACGUAUACCUGGUCAAUCCUUCCCAUGAGGAUCAGCUCUCCUUUGGCCGAGGCAUGAGUAGCUCUGAUGCGACGAUCACCAAGGCCCAACCGGAAGCGAGCGCUGCGGGUCCGCAGCGCGACGCCAGCAUGGACCCGUUGAUGAAGACUCUCAAGGAGACACGCUGGAAAGUAUUGGAACAGUUGAGUAAAAUCACCACAUUCACCAGACGCACUGCGAAUGAGCUCGCCGACAACCCUCGGAUUCCGCCGCAAGUCCGGCGCUUGAUGAAGAAUCCAGAGGUUCAGACUCUGCAGGAUGAAUUUGACAGCGCGAGACUCUAUCUGGCGCGAUGGGCGAUGAGUAUCGCCGAGCAAGGUGAAAAGGACCGGAACCAGCGGAUCUGGACCGCACAGGACGUGCUCGAGUCUGAGAACAGCGCGGUCGGUGACUUUGAGAUUCUUGAGCUGGAGACUGCCAACCUGGGUAUCCAAGAACGACGGAAAGUGGUCACUCUGGCCGAAUGGGAGGAAUUCUUCGACCCGGUCACAGGGCGGCUGCGGAUCACUGUCGAGGAAGUCAAAGAGCGCAUCUUUCACGGAGGACUGGAUCCCAAUGAUGGCGCAAGGAAAGAAGCCUGGUUAUUCUUGCUGGGUGUCUAUUCUUGGGACAGCAGUCGCGAGGAACGACAGGCAAUGAUGGCCUCGAAACGGGAUGAGUACAUUCGCUUGAAGGCUGGCUGGUGGGAGCGCAUGGUCGACGGUAGCUGCGAUACCGAGGAGUAUGAGCACUGGAAAGAGCAGCGCAACCGGAUAGAGAAGGAUGUGCACCGCACCGACCGUACGAUACCUCUCUUUGCUGGAGAGGAUAUACCCCAUCCAGAUCCUGAUUCUCCAUUCGCCGAAACAGGAACGAAUGUGCAUCUAGAGCAGAUGAAGGAUAUGUUGUUGACAUACAAUGAAUACAACCCUGACCUGGGCUAUGUGCAAGGCAUGAGCGAUCUUCUGGCCCCUCUCUACGCCGUCAUGCAGGACGACGCGGUCGCCUUUUGGGCGUUUGUUGGCUUUAUGGACCGAAUGGAGAGAAACUUCCUCAGAGAUCAAUCUGGGAUGCGUUCUCAGUUACUUGCACUGGAUCACCUGGUUCAGCUGAUGGACCCCCAACUCUACCUCCAUCUACAAUCCGCCGAUAGCACCAACUUCUUCUUCUUCUUCCGCAUGCUGCUGGUCUGGUACAAGCGGGAGUUUGACUGGCCCGAUGUCCUCCGUCUCUGGGAGGCUCUCUGGACCGACUAUUACUCCAGUGGCUUCCACCUUUUCAUCGCUCUGGCCAUUUUGGAGAAACACCGUGAUGUGAUCAUGGAUCAUCUGAAGCAUUUCGAUGAAGUUCUCAAGUAUAUCAACGAGCUUUCAAACACCAUGGACUUGGUACCCAUUCUCACCCGGGCGGAAUCACUAUUCCGACGCUUUGAGCGGUCCGUUCAAGCGAUAGACAAGAAAGACAAUUUCCCGAUUCCAUCUGCGCAACAACGCCGACCAGGGGGCGGUGCUUCAGACGCCACUAGUAAAGGAAAGUCCCCUCAGCGGGCAACUAUGGGAUCCAGCAGUGGUGUGCAAGCCCCCUCGGCACUUCAAAAGGCAAUUGAUAUGGAUAAACCAAAAAUCAUCUCUCCCGAAUUGCGUCAGCUCUUGAAGAAAGACAUACCGUGGAAGAGGCCACCGCCAUCAUAG